AUGAGCAAGCAAGGGGAAGCACCAAGUGAAGCACCCAUGGAGGAGAAGAAAGGCGGUCUACUCAAAAAGUUCAAAUCAAAGGUCGGAGGCGGCAUGGGUGACAAUGGGAUGAGUGGUAGUAUUGGUAAUGGCAUGGGGUUUUUGUUCAGGAAGCAAGGGGAGGCACCAGCCGGUGGACCACCAGUAGAGGAGAAGAAAGGUGGCCUACUAGAGAAGCUUAAAUCCAAGCUUGGAAGCGGUACCGGUGCCGGUGCCACUAAGCCAGGAGGAAUCACCAAGCAAGUAGAACAGACAACCAUGAAUGUUGUCUGGAAAAGACAAGAUGCACCGGCCACCCCUGAGAAUCCGGAAACGCCAACCAAAGAAGAAGCUAAACCCCAGGAGCCUAAACCAAAGUCCCCCAAAGACACCAAUCCCAAAGCAAACAAGGACUCCCAGUACCCUAAAGCAAAGUCACCUAAGGACAACAAGCCAAAGUCAACCAAGGAGAAGGACAACACAUCAAGAACACCCAAAGACUGCCAGGACCCCAAGGCCAAAUCACCCAAAGAAAACAAGCCUAAAUCAAACAAGGAAAAGGACAACUCUUCCAAGGACAAAGAACAACAGGAAGAAAAGAAGGUUGGAAAACCGGACAAAGCUUAA